CGUAAGGCCUAAGGCCCAUAGAAUCUGCUCAUAAUAGUCGUAAUGAAAAAUAAAGCUCACGAUCUCUAGCCCCAUUUGCAUUUCUACCAUCUGCUGCAGAGGUAGCAUUCUCUCUCCACAAGAGGAUUGUUGAUUAUUUUCUCUCUCUAAAAGGGGGUAAUCUUUUCUACAAGGUUUGUUAAUUGAAUUUUCCAUGGAUAUUGAUCAACCCAACAUAAAAAGGUGGAUCGUGUUUUACCCCGUAUACAUAAAUUCGAAGAAAACAGUAGCAGAGGGGAGACGAAUCGGUGUGAGCAAAGCCUGCGAAAACCCCACCUGUGUCGAGAUCGGGGACUCUUGCAACCAUCUGAAGCUUCCAUUUGCGAUUGAGGUUGAUAAGGCAUAUCCUCGCGACUUCAUGCAAAGGGGCAGAGUGAGAGUGCUGCUGAAGAAAGAGGACGGGUCCUUUUAUAAUCCAUCCAUACGUUCAAGGAAAGAGCUGAUGCUACAGGUUGCAGAGCUGGUACCUAGACAUCAUGGGAGGACCAAGAAACAAGAAAAUCCCUCUUCAACUUCAAAUGCAGGACCAUCGAAGUCGGUAAAGGGGGGCAAAAAGAAGAAAUAAUGAGAUGCUUUUGCGUUGCAUGCCAUAUUAGAGUUUUAGUUUUUGAGAUAGGGAUUUUUAUUUUUGGAUUGGGGUCAAGGUUUGUAAAAUCUCUCCUUUUGGUUCUAUUUCUUUUCUUAACCUUGAAUUAGGUGUGCACAAAGACAUUGGGUUAUGUCAUAUGUGAGCCCUUACUGAACAGCUGAAAUGACACAGGAAAGAUGAAAAAGAACAUGUUUUCCAUUUCACCAGAAA